AUGGCUGAUACGACAGACGAGGCAGCCACCUCUGUCUCAGAACCUCUCGACCUCGUACGAUUGUCCCUCGACGAGGUCGUCUUCGUUCGUCUUCGUGGAGAUCGGGAACUUAAAGGAAGAUUGCAUGCAUACGAUAGCCAUUGCAACCUUGUGCUUGGAGAGGUGGAAGAGACGAUCUACAUCAUCGAAGAAGAGGACGACGGGGAGGAGAUAGUCAAGGCAACGAAGAAACAAUUCGAAAUGUUGAGAUUCAGUCGUUCUCAUCUCGCCGCAGCCUGGGUCAUGAGAUCCACCGUCCAUGCACAUGACUAA